AUGUUCGCGCGCGUCGCGCCGGCGCCGAUCGAGGUGCGCUGGCGACGCGAGGACGAGCUCGGGUCGGCGCUCGCGCUCGCGCGCGCGUGCGGCGGCGACGCCUCGCGCGGCGUCGCCGUGCGCUCGAGCGACGACUUCGCGACGGCUCGCGCGCUGUGGAAGGUGUACGACGUGGUGUCGGCGAUUGAUCCGCGGCGCGAGGUGUACCCGGUGUUCGAGGGACGCGGCGGCGGCGACGACGUCGGGACGCGGGGCGACGCGCGCGAGGACGAAGAGGAAGACGAAGAGACGCGAGACGACGACGCGGACGCGGAGGUCGAGCGCGCGGUGCGCGCGCGCGUCGCGUCCUGGAGCGCGCCGAACGCGACGACGCGCGAUGACGGGAGCGAUGGGACGAUGGAUAAGGUGAGCGUGGGCGGGACGUUCGAUCGUUUGCACGCCGGGCACCGACUGUUGCUCGCGUCGGCGUCUCGCGCCGUCGCCGGCGGCGGCGUUUUGUACGUCGGCGUUACGUCCGCGGAAUUGCUCGCGAAUAAGGCGUACGGCGCGCUCGUGGAGUCGUACGCGGAUCGCACGGCGAACGCGCGCGCGUUCUUGGCGCUGUGCGAUCCGGAAUCUUCGAUCGAGGUUCGAGUGGGUCCGCUCGACGCGUCGCCGCCGCUCGCGGCGACGGUUCGCGACAUGUCCGGCCUCGUCGUCAGCCGCGAGACCGUGGCCGGGGCGGAGGCGCUGAACGACAUGCGUUCGAGCGGUGGUCUCGCGCCGCUGCGCGUCGUCGUCGUCGAUCUCGUGCGCGGCGGCGAGGGCGAGGAGCUCAAGUUGAGCUCGACGCGUCUUCGCGAGCGGGACGCCGCCGAGGGCUGA